GAAACAGCAGGGAGCAGGUCUCGAACCCUCGACCUUCUAGCCCGAGGUCCGGCGCGCUAUCGACUGUGCCGCAAAAGCAUGCUCGUGUGCCCAGGCCGAUUUCCGCGGUUAUAAUGCAAAUGUCACUUAAUUACAGUUUUUUACUAUUACUUGGGCGAUCUUAAUUUUGAAGAAUUUCUAAAAGUCUGUGACCCGGAGGUACUUUUUUAAGUGUUGCGACGACACGCGGAUAUUUCUCUUCACUUCAGUGUAAACGGAAGUAAACAGUGACGAAGAACAAUUUCCACGUUCGCGUUUUUAUUUAGACGUUCAUUAACACCAUGGAAAUCCAAAUUUGACUAAUUUAACUGCACAGCAUCACAUACUUACCCCAGGUAGUCUUUCAUUCGCGUUGGAUACAGGACUUGGUUUAUAGAUGUUGUCUAUAUAACGCUAGCUAUCUGCUAACAAUGGCUAACUGUAUUGUUUUUCACGCUCAAAUAGCCUCCAUCAUGGAGGUGCUAGCGAAUGCAGCCGUGGCAGAGGUCUGUAAACUCGUAGACGACGACUAUGCAGUGUUUCGUUUGGAAAUAACUCAAAGCCAGAAAGAAAACAGGGCAUUGCGGAGGAAACUACAGCUACAUGAACUUAAGGUGUCACGAGAGGUGGCAAUGCGAGAGCGCGUCCUUGUCAGUCGUCCAAGAAGUGUGAAGAUCCUCGACCAAUACAGAGGAAUGGCAAGAGGUGAAGGACAUCUCAAUGGAGGCCACAGAAGCUUUGUGACUCCAGUGGAACACAAUACAUGGAGAGCUGACCAACCAAUCACUGUUGACGAGGGGAGUGGAACCUCAACCCAGCACGUUAUUGUGAUAGAGUCUGCGAAUACAGAGGCUGCAGGUCCUGGGGUCAAGCAGGAGAGGACUGAAGGAGAGGAGAACCCAAGACACAGCAGAGACAUCCAGACUGAAGCGGCAGGAGUGGCCCCUGUAGCUCCGGAGGAUCCCACUGCCUCCCUAGUGCAGCCCAGGACCAGACGCAGCAUCACGGAGGACGAGGGUCCAGAGGUGCUGCUGGUGAAGGAUGAGGGGUGUGAGGAGGGUCUGGGGAACCCUGAGGGGACCAAGGUCAUGGAGGACAACCAGCCUACACCUCCUCCUGAACCCACAGAGAAACCAGCUGAGCAGCCCAGGACCACACACAGUCUCACUGAGUCAGUAGACAUGGAGGAUGGGAAGCCUGAUCUGCUGCUGGUCAAAGAGGAGACAAUAGAAGACGGACCAGAGAGCAUUGACCUGCUGAGUGGAUUAAAGAUGGGGGAGCAAGGUGGUUUGCUGGAGGCUAAAAGAGGAGACAUGGUGGCCAUAUUGAAUUCCCAGACUGGUGCAGCCAAGAGCCCAGGGGAUGACAUCACAGAGCAGGCUGAGGCCAAAAGCGACAUAGUGGAGGUCAGUGGAUGGGACAGCGUCUUCAACUUCAGGCUGGGGAACAACACUGUUAACCACAACCAGAAACAGACAGUCGAACACAAAACAACAACCAAACUUAAUCUCCAUAACAACAGACUGGCUGAGACUGGGGCGAGGCAUAGAUUUGGUCUGCGGGGACGGGGAGGUGUCAAUAUGGGGCGGGAGAGAACAGACUCUGCUAGCGAUGCUCCGUCCUGCUCCUAUAGUUGUGAUUCAGAGAGACAGAUGGCGCCUCAGGUUACCCCACAAACAGGUGCUGCCUUCAGCCAGCCUCCUAUAGGAUCUAUAAACUGGAACAUGGACCCUGCGACAACACAGACACUCCCUGGCCUUCAUCCUCCUCACACUCUCCUUAUGUUAAACCAGAACUCAGACAAUGCCAGUGCCUCAUCACUAAAUGGCUACACAAGCCCAUUGACAAAUAACAGUAGUAGUGACGCUAUCAGUAGAUCCGGUGGCAAAGAGAAGUGCUUCCCAUGUUCAUUCUGUUGGAAAGUCUUCAGUUUCCGCAAACAGAUGGAGAGCCAUCGGAGGAUGCACACGGGGGAGAAACCGUUUGGCUGCCACCUGUGUGAGAAGAGGUUCUCUCACCAGCACCACCUGAAGAGGCACCAGCGGGUCCACACAGGGGAGAAACCCUACAGCUGCCCCCAGUGUGAGAAGAGGUUCUCCCACCAGCACCAUCUGAAGGCGCACCUGAAGGUCCACACGGGAGAGAGGCCAUUCACCUGUACACACUGCGGGAAGAGUUUCUCAGAGAGGAGCUACCUCAGGAUACACCAGCAGAAAAUGCACACAGCCCAUGUAUAGAGUAUAGUGCAUGUAAUGUAGUACUAGUUAGUUAGUUUAGUUAAUUUUGUUGGUUUAGGAUGUAGUAGGGAACUGGAUGAGGUGAACUGAGGUAAGAAUGAGGAUGAUGAGGCAGAGUAGAUGAUAUGGUUGAUGGGAUGGUGUCUGUAAAAAUGCUUUACUUAUGAACAGUGACAACCUUGUCCUGUUGUUUGAUGCUGGUGUUUUAUAAUGAGGAAAUUAUAGUGCCUUAAUUCAGGUUUACUUGACCUGAAGUAGUGAAGCUGUGUGUAAUGUUAUGUUGAACCUUUUCCAAGGCAUUCUAACAUUCAUUUGAUCAAAGCGAGGGAAUCAGAUCAAAGUUAUUUUACUUGUCACAUGUGUGUGCAAUAAAAGUGCUGCACUUCACAUUGUGAGUGUAUGACAAUUUUGUUUAAAUGAAC